AUGUCUUACGAUUACCUCUUCAAGUACAUAAUCAUCGGUGACACAGGUGUGGGGAAAUCUUGCUUGCUUUUGCAAUUUACUGAUAAGAGGUUCCAACCAGUACACGAUCUCACCAUUGGUGUUGAGUUUGGUGCUCGUAUGGUCACCGUUGAUGGUCGUCCUCUCAAACUCCAAAUUUGGGACACCGCUGGACAAGAGUCAUUUAGAUCCAUCACUAGGUCGUAUUACAGAGGAGCAGCUGGAGCUUUACUUGUUUAUGACAUCACCAGGAGAGAGACGUUUAACCAUUUAGCAAGCUGGUUAGAGGAUGCUCGGCAACAUGCUAAUCCCAACAUGAGUAUUAUGCUGAUUGGGAACAAAUGCGAUCUUGCUCACAAGAGAGCUGUUAGCAAAGAGGAGGGAGAGCAGUUUGCCAAAGAACAUGGACUCUUGUUCUUAGAAGCUUCUGCAAGGACAGCUCAAAACGUUGAGGAGGCCUUCAUAAACACUGCAGCAAAGAUCCUCCAGAAUAUUCAGGACGGUGUCUUUGAUGUGUCCAACGAGUCAUCGGGAAUAAAGGUUGGCUACGGACGUCCUCAAGGUGCGGCUGGAGGAAACGGUGCAAUCGCACAGGGAGGUGGCUGUUGUGGUUGA